UUAUAACAUGUUAUCAGUUACAAUUGUUCGUUUGUCCAUGAAUCGUUUUUAUUCAUAACGAUGAAGUUGCAGUCAUGUUUAAUAUUUAUUGUUACGUCUUCACUGCAUAAGUAAUAGUUUAUUUUAUCCUACCUAUAGUCUUAUUUGUUGACUGUGAGCAGUAAUCUUGUAAAGGUAGACAGUGAACUGUGAACAUAGCACUCAAUUGCAGUCUUAAACGUUGUUCCAACACACUGUUACAUACCUUAAGGGCCUUAAGGACGACGUAAAAAAUGUCUACACUGGAAGAAAUAUCAAUUCAAGGUAUAAGAAGUUAUCAUCCACAUGAAAAACAGAGUUUAAAAUUUCAAAAACCACUAACAUUAAUUUUGGGCCAAAAUGGUUGUGGAAAAACCACCAUAAUUGAGUGCCUUAAGUAUGUAACAUGUUCAGACCAACCAAAAAAUACAAAAUCUGGUGGUUUUGUAUGGGAUCCUAAGCUAUCAGAUUAUAAUACUGUUAAAGGCAAUGUAAAACUAUUAUUUCGUGACAUUAAGGAUAUUUCUGUUGUAGUCUCAAAGACUUUAGAAUCGACUCAAAAAUUAAAAACUGUCACUACCAAAUCUCUAGAUCAAACUAUUUCUAGAAAAGGCCAAAGUACUUCACACAAAUGUACAAAUAUAGAUGAAGUGAUGUGUGAUCUUUUAGGAGUUUCAAAAUCGAUUUUAAAAGAUGUUGUUUUUUGUCACCAAGAAGACUCUAAUUGGCCUUUAGAUGAAGACAAAAAAGUUAAAGAAAAAUUUGAUUCAAUAUUUGACGUUGGGAAAUAUGACAAAUGUAUUAAACAAGUUCGUGAUAAAAUAAAGUUAAUUGGUCAAGAAAAAAAGAUAGCUGAUAUAGAAUUAGAACAUUUAAAAAAUUAUCGAGAAGAAGCUCGUACCAAAAGAUCUAUGCUAGAUAAUAAAAAUUGUCUGUUAGAAGAAUUAGAAAAAAAGAUGAACAUCAUCGAUAAUGAUUUGAAGCCCGUAGAAGACCGAUUUAUUGAAAUAUUGCACAUUGAAGAUAACUUAUCUGUUUUAAAAAAUUCAUUAUUAACUUCACAGGGACGGUUGAAAUCUCUUAAAUUAGCUCAAAAAGAAUUAAAAUCAGUAAUCAAAGUAAAGUUUGAAGGAAAUGAUUUUGAAAUUGAUGAUGCAAUAAUGAAUUUCAAAAAUAACUUGAUAAGAAAAAAUGAAGAAAAGAAAACAUUGAUUGAUAAAAAAAACAACUCUAUUAGCGAUGAAAAUAGAAUUCAAGAAAAGAUAAAUAAAGAACAAAUAAAUUUAGGGAGUUAUCAAAAUGAGGAAAAACAAUAUCAAAAUAAUAUGCAAAAACAAAGUACAAAAAUAACUGAAAUAGCACGUGAAAUGGAAACUAUUUUACCAGCUUUAACAAAAUUUAAUCGAAUAGAAGUAAUAAGAAUUCUGUCAAAUGAAUUGAAAUCUAUGAAUGAUAAAUUAGAAUGUAUCCAAAAAGAAAAUUAUAAUACUGAAAUUAAAUUGCAAUCAAAUAUUGAUUAUUUGAGAGUAGAAAAGGCUAAACUAGAUCAAGAGAUUAAAAUCAAAGAAAAACAUUUUUUGGAAAAUUCUUCUGAAAUUAAAAAUCUGUCGAAAGAUGUUGAACAAGUUAAAUAUUUAGCAAGUAAGUUAACAAUACUUGAGAAAUCAAAAGUUGAUAAUGAAACAAAACUAAGAACAUUAAAUGCAUCAUUUGAUAUUGAUGAAAUUAAAAGUGAAAUAAAUAUGAAAAAAGAAGAAAAAAAUAAAUUAAAUUUAAAAUUAGAAGUUGUAGAAAAAGAAGUACAACAAUUACAAUUAUUUAGUAGUGUACAAGCAGAACUUGAUUCUGUACUAUUAAAUAAAUCGGGAAUAGUAAACAAACUUAAAAAAUUACAAAACAAAGUCAAUGAUGUGUUAAACGAUCUACUUGGGUAUAUACCUGAAGAAAAAUUACCUAAACUAAAAUUUGUGUUUACAAAAUUUUUAAAUAAUUUGACUGAUUCAGUCAAAGUCAAACGAAAAAUGGUAUCAGAAAUGCAAAGAGAAUAUACAACCCUUGAAGCAAACUAUAAUCAUACUCAAGAAACAUUACGUAGAAAACAAAGAGAUCUUUCUGAUGAUGAACUUGCUAUGAGUGAUAUGUGUCUAGGACAGGAAUAUGAUGUAUUAGUAAAAGAAGUUAAUGAAAAAGUGGAAGAAUUACAAAAUCAAAAGGGCUCAGUCUCAACUUCUGGUCAUCUUUUUCGGCGAUAUAUAAAAAGUCUAGAAGCUAAGGAUCCUUGUUGUCCACUUUGUCAUCGUGGCUUUGAUUCUAUGGAUGAAGUGACUGAACUCAUAAAUGAUUUAAAUGUGAGAGUUGAUAAAAUUCCUAAUGAAUUAGAAACAACAACAACACAAUUAGAAACACUUCUCGAAAAACAAUCUAAGCUUCAACAAUUAAAACCUACCUAUACUAGAAUAGCAGUUUUGAAUAACACUGAAAUACCUAAACUCAAAGAUGAAAUAGAAAUGUUUAAAAAUAAGUCAAAUAAAUGUCGCAAGGAAUUGUCCACAUUAUCUGAUACUCUUGAAAAAUUAGAAAAUACAGAAGCAACUGCUAAAAGCAUUUUAUCUGACGUAAUAAUGAUUGAUAGUUAUUAUAAUGAUAUUCAAAGAUAUAUAAAUGAAGAACAACGUUUAAUAUCAAAAAUAAAUGAAACAGGCUCUACUAGAAGUAUUCAAGAAGCACUAUCUGAGCAGAGCACUUUAAAAAAAAUUAUAAAUAAUAUCUACAACACUUUAGAAAAAAAACAACAUGAAUUGAGUGAAUAUAAUGAAACAUUACAUGCCUUGCAAAUUGCACAAAAUCAAAUUGUAAGUGAUGAGUUAAAUAUAAAAAGGAAACUACAAGAUGAAAAAGUUAUGAUGAAUAAAUUGAAUGAUUUACAAAAUCUUGAAGCAACAUUAAGUAUAGAAUUAGAAAGUAGUAGAAAAUCCAUAAUACCUAUUGAAAACCAAUUAGAAACUUGUAUAAAAAACUUUGAUCAAAUUAAAAAACAGCAUGAGCAAAAUAUUGAAAAUAAGAGAAAAGAAAUUAUGUUUCUAGAAAAAAAAUUUCAAGAAAUAAAUAACUUGGAGACAUUAAUUAAUGAUUAUGAAAAAAAAGAGUGGUCAUUACGAAUAAAAGAAGUAAAUAAUUUGAUAGACAAUUUAAUAGGAGAAAAAGUACUAUGUGUUGAAAACCAAAUGAACAUUCAAAAACAAAUUGAUUCCAUUAAUGAAUAUAAUGCUAAUCAAGAGAUACAAAAAAUAGAUUUGGAAAAUAAUAAAAAAUUAAGACAAAAAAUAAACGAAGAAAAUGAAUGUUUAUCUGAAAUACAUAAAUUAAAAAAAAAAGUUGGAAAUUUGGAUGUGGAUGAUUUGAUGUAUGAAAAAAAAAGUAACAGAGAAAAAUCAGAAACCUUGCAUAAAGAAAGAAACCAAAUUUCUGGUAGAGUAGAUGAAUUAUAUAAUGUUAUUUCGAGUAUUAGGCUAGAUUUAUCAGCUAUUCCUUAUUUAAAUGCUGAACAUAAAUACUUGCAUAAAAAAGUAAAUCUAGAGAUUUUAAAACGUGUUGAAAGUGAUUUAUCAAAGUACGCUAAAGCUCUUGAAUGGGCAUUAAAUCGGUUUCAUACAGAUCACAUGCAAAGUAUAAAUACUAUCAUUAAAAAUUUAUGGAGAGAUAUUUACACCGGCAAUGAUAUAGACUAUAUUCAAAUAAAAACAUCUGAUGAUAACAAACCCAUAUCAACUGAUUCAAGUAAAAAAAGAGUCUUCAAUUAUAAAGUUGUGCAGAUAAAAAAUGAUAUUGAAUUGGAUAUGCGAGGAAGAUGCAGCGCUGGUCAAAAAGUUUUAGCUUGCUUAAUUGUAAGAAUGGCAUUAGCAGAAACAUUUAGUAAAAAUUGUGGUAUACUAGCAUUAGAUGAGCCUACAACAAAUUUAGAUGAAUCCAAUAUACAAAGCUUAGCUGAAGCUUUAUCGGGAAUCGUACAGCGUCGCAGCUUACAAAAAUCUUUCCAAUUAAUUAUUAUUACUCAUGAUCCAAGUUUUUUGAAUAAAUUGUCUGCAAGAGACUUGGUGGAUACGUAUUAUGAAGUAAAAAGAAAUAAUGAUGGUAUUUCAAUAGUGGAAGAAAUGGAUAUCAAACUUUUGCCUUAAGAAAACUUUAAUAUUUAGUUAUAACUAUAUUUAAUAAAUAAUAUACAGUACUUAUCCUUUUAUAUUGUACUUUGCUAUUAAAAAAAAAAAAAAAAACAUUUUUUUAUUUCUAU